AUGGCACUUGAGAGGCAAAGUCAGGUGAGGUCUUCGAUAUUCGAGGCGUCUCAGUCUCUUUUGCAAACGUUAUCCACAUCGCUUGGACCAAGAGGACUUGACAAGAUGCUUGUGAGAGACAAGAAGACAGUGGUGACAAACGACGGUGCAACGAUACUCAAGUACCUGAACAGAUAUCCAGUGCAUGGGAUCCUGUCGAACAUGUCUUCUACACAGGAUGAAGAAUGCGGAGACGGGACAACAAGCGUGGUUGUGCUUGCUGGAUGCCUGCUGGAGAGAGUUGCUGCCCUACUGGAGAGGAAUAUUCAUCCAUCGAUUAUUUGCGACAAUCUUGAGAUUGUAAAGAGGAUAGCGCUUCGCUACAUCAACAAAGUGAAGAUUGAAUGUGACAAGAAGGAUUUUGUUAAUACGGUGAAUACAGCACUAAGCUCAAAGAUAGUGUCAUCUAGCAGUUGCGAGAUGGCAUAUGCAGCAAUUGAGGGCAUGGAACAUGUUAAUGGACAAAAGAAGCGCAUAAGAGUAAUUAAGAAAGUUGGAGGAGGAUUGGACGAUGUGAAGGCAUACAAGAGCAUUCUUUUGGAAUUUGACACUAAAAACUUGCCGAAGAAGGCCAAAGUUGCGGUUGUGCAAUUCUGCCUCAGUGCACCUAAAACCAACAUGGAUAGCAAGAUUCUAAUAAAUGAUUCUUCUCUGAUGGACAGGGUGAUACAAGAUGAAAGGAAAUACAUUUUGGAGAUGUGCAAGAAAAUAAAAAAGAGCGGAUGCACACUGCUUAUUGUACAGAAGAGCAUUCUGAGAGAAUCGUUGAGCGGUCUUGCCAGCCAUUUUUUGAAGCAGUUGAAUGUUCUUGUAGUUAACUCUGUGGACAGAAAAGACAUUGAUUAUCUGUGCACCACACUGAGCAUCCAGCCAGUCUCUGAAAUAGAUCUGCUGGGAGCGUCGUCUCUGACUGAGGUUGAGAUUGGAGAGGUUGAGGGAAUGCUUGAGAUAAAAGAUCACGGAUGCACCAUUGUACUAAGGGGAUGUGAUGAGAUGGUUGUGGAUGAAGCAGAGAGGUCAUUGAAUGAUGCAUUAUGUGUGGUGAGGUGCCUGAACGAAGUUCCAUUUUUGGUUCCUGGGGGUGGAUCUGUUGAGAUGGGUAUUGCAUCAAUGCUUUGCGAAUGCACUGAAGGAAAUGUGUAUGUGCUGAGAGAGAUUGCAAAGGCGUUUGAGGGGAUCCCGUACUUCCUUGCAAAGAAUGCAGGACUUUAUCCUAUUGAAAUCGUUUCUGAAUUAAGGAAUGAACUAAAACAGAACGAAUGUGCAGGAAUCAGUGUCCGAAGUGGACAUGCAGGAGACAUGGUGAAGGAUGACUUUGUGAUACAACCUGCAAAGGUAAGCAUCAGCAUGAUCACUCUUGCAAUCGAGACUGUGUCUAUGAUUCUCAAGAUUGAUGACAUCCUUCCGGCUAGAAGAUGA